CGCCUAUUCGGUCGCAUGGUUUUGUCGUGACACUGCUGCGCAGCCUCUUACAUCAUCUACAAUCGGCAUCAAUACAGCUAGCCAUACGGAUUUGGCUGAAGCCAAGUUUCACAAAAAGAUAAAUAAAAUCACAGGGUUGGAGAAUGUCGAAGCUGGAGCGUCUAAACGCCAGUGUGGCUCAGCUGUUAGCGGUGGCUGUACACGAGGUGCUGGAUGUGGUCGGUCAGGCGGUGUCUGAGUACCAGGAGGAGACGGCCAGGACACGGCGGGAGAAUGAUGGUCUGAAGCGCCGUCUUCGGGAGCUCCAGGAGGUGGUGAGGAGAGCGGGAGGAGGAGCAGCACACCCUCUGUCCCUCUCGGUGGCUGAGGGGAGGUCCCCCAUAGAGCAGGAGUGGAGCCCCAGGCUGCGGGAGGAAGAGAAGGGGGAGCUGCGGGGCCAGGAGUCUCGUCUCUCGGCAGACUCAGAGGGCGAGGCCGAGGUGCUGGGAUGGACGAGCUCGGACGCAACCCAGAGUCCCGGCCUGAAGAGCGACUCGGACGCAGACUGCCUCCGCUCGGCCCGCGCUCCCAGCGCCUCCAUUACAGGCCCCUUCCCCAGCCUGGCUUCCGACCAAAUCAAAAUGGAGUCCGAGCCGCCGGAGUGCUUUGCGGUGGAGCAGCACGCAGCGUUUCAGGAGUGCGCGGGGGCCGCGGGGGCCGCGGGGAGCGUGGGACUGCAGGAGCCCAUGCAGGGGCCCGGACAGACCCACAUCCACCCCGAGCGCGGACAGACCCACAUCCACCCGGAGCGUGGCACCACGGCCAGGAGGUUCCGCUUCGGAAAAACCGGCCGAUCCCUGCCGGACGGCAAAAAGCACAAGGCGUACAAGAGGAGAGAGGAGCAACACAUCUGCUUCCUCUGCGGGAAGACCUUCAGCCGCGUGGCCAACCUGCGCAUCCACCAGCGCUGCCACACGGGGGAGAAGCCCUACUGCUGCAUGCAGUGCGGCCGGUGCUUCAGCCAGGCCGGCGACCUGAAGAAGCACAAGAGGGUCCACACCGGAGAGAAGCCCUACCACUGCACCCACUGCGGGAAGAGCUUCAGCCGAGGGGAGAACCUCAAAAGACAUCAGAAAACUCACGUGGGAGAGCCCCUGCUGCUGUAGGCAAGCCACAGCCCAGUACCCACUGCUUUUAACGGACCAUUGACUAACACCGUCAACCUCCAACUCACACUGAGGUUGCACCUUUUUCAUGAAGUUUUAAAGUAUCAGCCUUGGCUACCAUGGAAUAGGGGAGUGGGUGUUCCCAAGUGACCUCAUAUCCUGUAAUAUAACAGCCUGGAACGAGUCACUACUUACACACAAUUUCUGCUGUGUUGUUAUUUUACACGUGGACGGUGAUAAUUUCAUUAGCUCAACAGCUAAUGAAAGAACUGAAAGAACUCCAAGUCAGUCAUUUCACAAACAGAAGCUCGUUUGGUAUCAAAUUAAACCCAGCAUAAAGAUUCAAUAUUGAAAUAAUAAUGACCAACUCAAAUACACUGAAUAUUUAAAAUGAAUACUUCUACCCAACACAUACACACAUUAAAACAUAAACCAUUUUUUUUAUUUUAUUGCAAAUUCUGCCUUAACCCUUUGAAGAAUAGGUUUUUCAAAAUCGAUGUUGGUGUUCUAGAACUCCAUUGCUUUCACUUACCAGUAGUGAUUGUCAGUUAAGAACAUACACCUUAAAGGUUCAAACAUUCUACAGUGAAAAAAUAAAAUAAAAUCUUUUACCAUUU